AUUCUCCCUGUUUCUGUAUUAUGUGACUUUUAUUUUGACGACCUGUGCUAAUGUACCGCGGGAAGCUUCCCUGCAGUUGUUUGCUCACACAUGUUAGCACGCGAGCUAACAACGUAUUAAUGACGUCUUGGUGAAACAGGUCGGUGGAGUGGUGGAGAAGUGAUGGAGAAGGACGCGCGGGUGAAGAAGACGGCAGCGCCGUCAGUGGAUCAGAUUAACGCGGAAUAUGUUACACAGCUCUCAAAUCAAUAUUGGGCUCCCCACGCAAAGAAUAAACUACCGUUUGAUUCUAAGGUCGUUGAAGACGUCUAUCAAAAUGAGAUUCUCAAAUCAAAAUUUGCAAUCAGAAAAAUCAUGCUGCUGGAAUUUAGCCAGUACCUUGAGAAUUACCUGUGGGUUAACUACAGCCCGGAGGUGUCCAGUAAUAGCUAUCUGAUGUCCAUCUGCUGUAUAGUUAAUGAGAAGUUCAGAGAAAAUGUUCCUGCUUGGGAGGUUUUCAAAAAGAAGCCCACUCACUUCCCCUACUUUUUUAAGUGUGUAAUGGAGGCCUGUCUAACCGGAGAAGAGCUCGGCCUGUCGCUACGGGAACAGACAGUUCUGCUGCUCUUCCUUGAUCACUGCUUCAACAGUCUGGAGGUUGAUAUAAUCCGAGAACAGGUGCAGCAGCUCAUUUCUCUGCCCAUGUGGAUGUGCCUCCUGCCGUCACGACUCCAGCAUGAACUGAAAAAAGUCCCCAAGCUGCAGAAGUUCUGGAAUCUUAUAAAGAAGAACUAUGAAAAAAUGGAUCCAAAGAGUGCUGAACAAGCCAGAAGGGAACGGACCUUUCUCUCAGCACUCAUAAAGAAGUUCCUUAGUGUGCUGAUGUCCAUCCCAGCAUCAGGCACAAUCUCCAUGGAGAAGGUGCACUACUGUGAGAGAUUCAUCGAGCUCAUGAUUGACUUGGAGGCUCUUCUCCCAACACGCCGUUGGUUCAACACCGUGCUGGACGACUCUCACCUGGUGGUCCACUGCCACCUGUCCAGUCUCACACAGCAGGAGAAAGAGGGUCACCUUUUCCGCCAGCUGCUGGACAUGUUGAAGUUCUACACAGGCUUUGAGAUCAAUGACCAAACUGGCAACGCCCUCACACAGAAAGAGAUGACCACUCUUCACUAUGACCGGAUAACUUCACUGCAGAGAGCUGCUUUCGCACACUUUCCUGAGUUGCAGGAUUUUGCACUCUCUAACGUAGCAGCUGUGGACACUCGGGAGUCGCUCACCAAACAGUUUGGUCAUCUUGGUCCCAAUACCCUUCACCAGGUGGCGUCGUAUCUGUGCCUUUUACCUGAGCUUCCAGAAGGAAAAGACACAUCCUAUGACAAAGAGAUGCUUUUAGAGCUACUGGUGUCGCGUCAUGAGCGCCGAAUCUCACAGAUUGAGCAACUCAACCAGAUGCCUCUUUAUCCAACCGAGAAGAUUAUCUGGGAUGAGAACAUCGUCCCCACCGAGUACUACUCUGGCGAAGGUUGCUUAGCUCUGCCAAAGCUUAAUCUGCAGUUCCUGACUCUUCAUGAUUACCUGUUGAGGAACUUCAACCUCUUCCGUCUGGAGUCUACCUAUGAGAUCAGGCAGGACAUAGAAGACAUUGUGUUGCGAAUGAAGCCAUGGCAGUCAGAAUAUGGUGGAGUGGUGUUUGGUGGAUGGGCCAGAAUGGCACAGACCAUUAUGUCCUUUUCCAUUGUUGAAGUGGCAAAGCCUAACAUUGGAGAGAACUGGCCUGCUCGAGUCCGUGCUGACGUCACUCUGAAUCUCAAUGUGCAAGGCCACAUCAAAGCUGAGUGGGAAGGGUUGCGUAAGCAUGAUGUUUGUUUUCUGAUCACGGUGCGGCCCACCCUGCCCUACGGCACACGCUUUGACCGGCGCCAGCCCUUUGGGGAGCAGACAGGCCUGGUGUACGUGAGGGGCUGUGAGGUGCAAGGCCUGCUGGAUGACAAAGGCCGGGUCAUUGAGGAAGGUCCUGAUCCGAAGCCCAAACUAAAAGGUGACACAAGAACAUUCCGUGUGUGGCUGGACCCGAAUCAAUACCAACUGGACAUGACCAACAGCAUCCAGACUGGUGCCGAGGACCCCUACGAGACUUUCAACAUCAUCAUGAGACGCAAGCCCAAGGAGAACAACUUCAAGGCUGUGCUGGAAACUAUACGUCACCUGAUGAACACUGAGUGUGUUGUCCCUGAUUGGCUGCAUGACAUCAUCCUGGGAUAUGGUGACCCCGGGAGUGCCCAUUACUCCAAAAUGGCCAAUCAGAUCUCAUCUCUGGACUUCAAUGACACUUUCCUGUCCAUUGAUCACCUUAAGUCCUGUUUCCCUGGUUACACAGUGAAGGUCAUAGAGGAAGACCCAGCCAAACAGGUCCCUCCAUUCAGAAUCAAGUUCCCUGUACAGAAUGUCAAGGGGAAGAAGCGGAAAGCAGAUGAAGAAGAGGAGAGAACCGAGGAAGAUAACACACUGAUAGUGGAGCCCCAUGUGAUUCCAAACCGGGGACCCUAUCCCUACAACCAACCCAAACGGAACAACAUCCCAUUUACCCCAACUCAGAUUGAGGCUAUUCGUGCAGGCAUGCAGCCGGGUCUCACCAUGGUUGUAGGUCCCCCGGGUACAGGCAAAACAGACGUAGCCGUACAGAUCAUCUCCAAUCUGUACCACAACUUCCCCGAGCAGAGGACUCUCAUCGUGACUCACUCCAAUCAGGCACUGAACCAACUGUUUGAGAAGAUCAUGGCCCUGGACAUCGACGAGCGGCACCUUCUGCGUCUGGGUCACGGAGAGGAGGAGCUGGAGACUGAAAAGGAUUUCAGCAGAUAUGGAAGAGUGAACUAUGUGCUGGCUCGAAGGCUGGAGCUCCUCAGAGAGGUGGCUCGCUUGCAGGAGAGUCUCGGCGUCCCAGGCGAUGUGUCCUACACCUGUGAAACAGCCGGCCAUUUUUACCUUUAUCAGGUUGUAUCACGUUGGGAGGAAUACACAAGCAAGGUCAGGCCCAAACCUGGCCGGGAGGUGAGCGUGCAGGACGUGGCUGCACACUUCCCUUUCCAUAAGUACUUCUCAAACGCACCCCAGCCUGUCUUUAAGGGUCAGAGCUACCAGGAGGACAUGGACAUUGCAGAAGGCUGCUACCGCCACAUCCGCAAGAUCUUCACCCAACUGGAAGAGUUCAGGGCCUUUGAGCUGCUGCGUAGUGGACUGGACAGAUCAAAAUACCUGCUGGUGAAAGAGGCUAAAAUCAUUGCCAUGACCUGCACGCAUGCUGCUCUCAAACGCCAUGACCUUGUGGAGCUCGGCUUCAAGUAUGACAACAUCCUGAUGGAAGAAGCAGCUCAGAUCCUGGAGAUUGAAACUUUCAUUCCACUCCUACUGCAGAAUCCCGAGGAUGGCUACAGUCGGCUGAAGCGCUGGAUCAUGAUUGGUGAUCAUCACCAGCUUCCUCCUGUCAUUAAGAAUAUGGCCUUCCAGAAAUACUCCAACAUGGAGCAAUCUCUGUUCACACGCUUUGUGCGAUUAGGAGUGCCCACAGUGGACCUGGAUGCUCAGGGCCGAGCUCGUGCAAGUCUGUGUAAUCUGUAUAACUGGCGUUAUAAGCAGCUUGGAAACCUGCCUCAUGUUCAGAGUCAGCCAGAGUUUCAGGCCCCCAACCCAGGUUUUACCUACGACUUCCAGCUCAUCAACGUGGAGGAUUUCAACGGAAUCGGGGAGUCUGAACCCAAUCCUUACUUCUACCAGAACCUUGCUGAGGCAGAAUACUCUGUGGCUCUGUACAUGUACAUGCGGCUGUUGGGUUACCCAGCAGAGCGCAUCAGCAUCCUUACAACUUACAACGGCCAGAAGCACUUAAUCCGAGACGUCAUCAACCAGCGGUGUGCCAACAACGCCUUCUUCGGCCAACCCAGCAAAGUAACAACAGUGGACAGGUUUCAGGGUCAGCAGAAUGACUACAUCAUCCUCUCUCUGGUGCGCACCAAAGCUGUAGGACAUCUGAGAGAUGUGCGGCGUUUAGUGGUAGCUAUGUCCAGAGCCAGGCUGGGCCUCUACAUCUUUGCUCGGGUCUCCCUUUUCCAGAACUGCUUUGAGCUGACGCCUGCCUUCAAUCAGCUGACUGCGCAGCCACUGCAACUGCACAUUCGACCUCAAGAGUACUACACCUCCACUGAGGAGCGCUCGAACGAACCUGAUCAGGUAGUACAGAACAUGCCUGAGAUGGCCAACCUGGUCUACAAUAUGUACAUGCAUAUGAUCCAGAGAACCCAGCAGUACAGACAGCAGCAGCAGAUUCUCCCACCCCCAAGGCAGGUGACGACAGAGGAAGAAUCUGACGUGAAUAUGAGGGACGAAGAAGAGGAAAAAGACAGUCAGCCUGAAGGAGAGAGCAAAGAAGGUGUGACUAUAAACAAGGCUGAGCAGGAGGAGUCUGAGAUGAAGAUGGAGCAGGAGUCUGGUGUGGAAGAGCAGCACACAGAGGAACAUGCUAAAAUGCCUGAACACCCAGGUAGAGACAGUGACAGCGGAGACAGUGAGGAGGACGAGUCCUAAAGCAAAUCCACCCACACACCACACCUCUGGUGGCCAGGAUCCACUGCACCAUCCACCAGCAUGUGAUUAGUUUUUAUUUUUCCUUUUUACUUCACCUUGAUUUGGUUUCUUGAAAAUAAUUGCCUUUUGUAAGAAAACAUUUAUAACAAAUGAACAUCAUUUUGUAAUAAAAUUAAAGUAGUUAAAUCUA